AUUUACUUGACAUUCUCAUUGAAACAUUUAUUUAAAAAGCUACAUAUCCUACCGUCCUUGAAGUAGUCCAACUACACACCGGAAGUGCUAUUGACUGCUGGGAUAAACAGCUCAAACUUCGCUAACACUCAUGCAGCCAUGCUGCAGUUGUUUUUACCAGUCAUUCCAGACGUUCGCUCGACAUUUACCGUGAAUCUACUGUACCACCAUCGAACGUGGUCCCGUUGAGAUCAACUGUUAUGUUGUGUUUUUCAUCCAGGAGAGCAGGUUUGGAGGAGGAGGAUGGAUGGAGUCAGUGUCGGCUCAAACAGAACACAGGAGACUUUCGACCGCUGCACCACAGCGUCUGCGACUCUGGCUCGACUGGCCACCUUGAUGCAGCAGGUGGAGAGCAAACAGCAGUUGAACAGUCAGGCCCACGUCCAACCCCAUCAACAUCCAUGCGUUUGUCCAGAAUGUGGUCAAGACUUCCUUUGUGUCACUGACCUCCUGCACCACCAGCAUCGACAGCACACAUUACCAAAGCCUCACCGCUGCGCCUCAUGUGGUCUGGAGUUCUCCCUGAAGUCGUCUUUGGACCUGCACAAAUGCAAACAAUCCUCAACCCCGUGUGUUGUUUGUCAGGGACAGACCAGGUUAAACUCGCCCUGCCCUGCAUGUAUGAUUUGCUCAGUGGUGCUGGAGAAGCCAAGGUCGCUGUACCGCCAACCCCUCCUUCUGAACAGUUACGUUUGUGCUCCAUGUGGUAGGGGAUUUAGUCAGAAGCAGGCCCUGCUUCAUCACCAGCAAUCUGAUUGUAUUGAUAAGCCACUUCAGUCAGGCAGAGAAGGUUCAGGUGAGUCCACCCCAGGCUCCCAGUCCAGUUCAGGACGCUCCAACUCCCCUGGACUUAGGACCAAAGCUGUUUCUGUGGCCCAGCUGUCUUUCAAUCCCAUCCAGACAAACAUGAGACUGCAGCUGCAUAAGUGCUCGGACCACGCAGUAGUUCAACUGAAGCCUCAAGAGAGGACCAGUCAUGAAGCGGAGACAAGUACCAGGUCAGAUGGUGUCAGCCGUGUGAAAACGGGGAAAUCGGAGAGCCUCUUCCGAUGUCGAUCUUGCGACAUGGCAUUCAGCGACAUGGUCCUGCUGCACAAACAUCGGCGGAUCAAGCACAGCAGAGAGAAUAAUGUCAUCACUGAGCCGUGGAGCAGCGUCCGCAUCAGGGAGAAGAAAACUAUGUAUCCAUGUCCUCAAUGUAACAAAGUCUUCAUGCAUCACCUCUCCCUAUCAGCACAUAUGAAACAACACAGUAACAACGGCUCCUCUCUCAAGGGAGAAAGUUCCCAGAAAGACUUGAUGGCAGCCAAACUAGUGGCUCUCAAAAACAACCAUAGAGAUAGAAAAACAGAGCGACCCGGUCGAAGUCGGCCCAGGAAGAUACCGCGUGUUAUUAAUAGACGUCGUGAGAACGUGAUGCAGGUGGACACAGAGGAGAGCGAGGAAGAGCAAGAAGUUGUGAUGGAGGAGGUGGUGGAAGUUGAAGAGAGUGAAGAGGAGGUGGAAGAAAAGGAGGAGGAUGGUAGAGAGUUUCCAUGCCCCUCGUGUGCUGAGGUCUUCCCUCUGCAGUACCAGCUCAAGCAACAUGAGGAACUCCACUUGACCGCCAUGAGGCGGAGACAGUGUAGCGUGUGCUUAGACGAAAUGGAUCCCGUAGGCUGGUCCGGCUCACGGCGUAGGAGACUCUAUCACUGUGUGCCAUGUCAGGAGGGCUUCUCUGUCCUGGACCACUUCCUAGACCACUGUCAGGAGCAUCUCAGAGCCCGGGUGGAGGAGGAGAGCAUUGUCGAAGGAUACACGCACCUGUUUGGCAAAUGCUGACAGGUCAGGUGUUUGAAGAACUUUGUUCCGCUUGAUGUUUCCCAAGCUUCUUUCUUUCAGUUCAGAAUUUGCCAAAGUGAUCAACGGUGAAGUGACAUUCACAAGACUAAAUACAGGAAGAAUUGGCCUCCGAAAGUGACUCCUUACAUGAAAAAAUGCUUCUAUUAAAAUGUCAGACCUUGAAGCCUGGCAGUAAACGUUUUGGUAUUUUCGUCAUUUUUCCUGAGGUUGACUGCCAACUUGUAAGAAAUACGUAUAAAUAUCCAUUGUAGUAGGUUUGUCUCAGACAAACGAGUACCUCUGUCUCUCUUGAACAUCGGUGUUUUGACAUUUUCUAACACUAGGUUUCAUGGAUUAGCCAUGAGUUGUCCUGGCUUUCAGGUUUAUUCCAGUUCCUGAACUAACUGAAUCCAAAAGGCUGCAGUGGCCUGUUUUGUUUUGGAUGAAUCUUAUUAGCAUCUUCUUUUUGUUGAUCCUAGCACAAUAAAUUUGGGUUUACUAAAUCUGUAAUUCUGCUUAUUAACCUCCAAGACCCCUACAUCAGGUUUGUCUUCUGCUGUAUUGUUUUGUAGUUAUCAGAUCGGAUGAUCGGGGUGUGCGUGUGCUAGAUUUGAUUUCAAAGUAGAAGUUUUUAUUUGCACUGGACUUAUAAGACGAAUGUUUCAGGGUCAUAAAACACUUGGGUCAUGUGAUCCCUAUGCAAACUGGCUGGCGAUAGUUUUCAGAAUGUGAGUCGACAAAGAGCUUUUGUGAUGAUGAUAUAUAUCUUUUCAUUUGGCAGUAUUUUUUCAAAAUAAAGCAAAUGUGUGACAAAAAUUCAGUCUUUUUUAUUUUCUGGGGUGAACAAAAUGUGUAUUUUGUAACAAUUCUUAAACAAAAAAUGGUGGACUACUAAUGUCAAUUAUAAAUUGUGUUCACCAUUUGCCACAAACGUUGAUACC